UAUAAAACUCAAAAUGCAGAUAAAGAUGGCAAUUAAGGCAGUUUAAUGCAGUGUUGCAACUUUAUUGCAACUCAGUAAAAUGUAAUGCCAUGUAACAGAAUAUGUUACAAAAUACAUUCUAAUGCAGGUAUUUAGUAUUUUGUACCAGUUACAUUUUCAAAGGGGGGUAUUUGCUUGUGACCUUGAUAAACAUAAUUAUUUAUUGUCACUCAUAAAUGAAUGGGUAAACCUAUUCCCCUUUCAUCUUGGGGAAGUUAGUUAACAAAGUCCACUUCCCGUUCAUAAUUCCCAAAGGAGCCACUACGCACUCACUCAGAUAGAGGAAAUUAAAAUGUGAUUACUCAAAUGAAUAAAAAAAAAGUUUAUAGUGUGUAAAAAUAAAAGUUAUUAGAGUGGACAGUAUAAUGUGUAACAAUUAAUUUCCUCUUUGUGUAAGUGACAGUAAACAGAGUUGCAAAGACAGCACUGACCUCUGUAUGUGUGUGUGUGAGUGAAAGACUAAGGGGUUUUCUCAGUUGGUUACCUGGCCUAUAUUCACUGGAGGGGGCGGAGGACUGAUGAAUAUAAGUCAACGGCUGGGACAUGACUGCACAAUCAUCCAGCUACCAGGAGCACAAAUUACAACUUAUCCAAACUGGGGAACAUCAUCAUCUGGACCUCAACAUGCAGUGCUUCUCACCAGCUCUCAAAUCAUUUCUCCGUCCUGCAGUCUCCCUGCUUUUGCCACUUCUUUUGAUUGGCUGGAUUGAAUAUGCAGUAGCAACUCCAGUGCACCGCUCUCAAAGCCAGCCACUGAGAAAUCCAGAGACCUACAAAGCUGUCAACAAAGUGGCGCAUGAGGCUCAAGACAGCAGCAUUGAUGACACCAGUUCAAGACUCAUUCCCAGGGUGGAUACUGAAGAGGAUCAUCUGAAGAUCUGCUGCCUCCAUGCUAAUAUCCUGGACUUCUACCUUCGCAACAUCCUUCCUCGCCAUGACAACAAGCAUCCACAUAUGCACCGGGUGAGGACCGAUUUGCGACGUGUCAGUGAGGACCUCAAGAAUCACGGCUGUAAUGUGACUCAUUAUCAUGACCAUCAACAUGCUGUACAGUUUCGGAAGAAGCUUGCUGAGAUGGGAGAAGAGCGAGGCAUUAACAAGGCAGUGGGAGAGAUCAACAUCCUCUUCUCAUAUCUGCAGGACUUCUGUGUUCUGCCCAAAAACCAGACUGCUGCACAAAGUCUGUAAAUCUCCAAAUUCUGACCGAACAACAACAUUUGGAUUUUAUUUAUUAUAUUUAUCUGUGUGUAUGUGAACCACUUUUAUACCGCUAUUUAUUUGCAAGCUGUGUAUUUAAACAGAUCUAUUUAUUGAUCAGUAAUAAUGCUCGAACAUUCGGGUGUUGACCAUGUAGCCAUGUUAUGGCUUAUGAAACAGUAUUUAAAAUUUAAUGUAUGACAAUGCACAAAAACACUGUGGUUAUUACUAAAUAAAGUUUUUCAUAUCAUAA